AUGGAGCGCAACGCUGCCCUGGCAGCGCGCAUCGCGCAAGUGAAGCCGGUGCCGGCCACCGUCCAGCUGCUGGAGAAACAGCUGGUGAACGGUGAUGCUGAAGUGCGGGAGCAAGGCGUCGAGUCCAUCACCAAGAUCCGCCCCCCGGCGGAGCCGCUCACGGACAUGUUGGCGCGGCUGAUCCAACACGAGAAUUGGUACGUGCGCCGCAGCGCCGCGGCGGCGCUCUCCAAGUGCGCGGAGCUGGAGGGCGCCGCGGAGAUGGCCCACAAGGUGGCCGCCGCGCAGAUGGAGAACGAGGACCCGGACGUGCGGCUCUGCGUAGCGCGGGCCAUGCUGGCGGUGCAGCUGGCCUCGGUGUCGCGGAGGCCGCCGCACAGCAGCGGCCUGGGCAUCCAGAGGCGGGUCUUUCAGAACCCGGAGGAGGUGGAAGCACCAGGAGAUGAGGACGCGCCGCCCACCGCGCGCAGCGUCGACUCCAUGGCGGGCAAGGCCUCCGCGGGCUGCGUGGCGCCGGACUACGGGGAGCUGGCGGUGCUAGAGACGGCCCAGCGUUUGGCCCACGAAGACUCGCAGAUCCGGGAGCUCGCGGUCACCACCUUGAGUCAGAUGGGCCCCGCGGCCGCGCCCUACGGGAAGAAGCUGGGGCAGCUGCUGGCGGACACCGAGGUGAACGUGGUGGUGGCCGCGGUCUGUGCCUUCGAGCAGCUGGGCAUCCACGCGGCCAGCGGCAUCGAGGAGGCGGUGAAGGUGCUGAGCCACCACCAGGAGCUGUACCGAAGGCAAGCGCACAAGACGCUGAUAGUGGCGUCCAAGACGGCGGGGGAGGACGUGGUGACCCACGUCAUCAAGGCGCUCACCGACCUCCAGCCCAGGCGGAAGGAGGAGCGCGAGCGCCAGAGCGGGCGGCGUACGCCCCCGGGGUCCAAGGGCUCCAGCGACGAGGCGCCCGUGAAGGUGGUGAUGAGGGCCAUGCUCACGCUGCUGUGCGACCUGGGGAAGCAGGAGGACCUGGGGGCGGAGGUGGCGAUCCACAUGAAGGUCCUGGUGCCUUGCAUGGAGGACCCCGACGUGGAGAUCCGCGCCUGCGCGAUCCGGUGCCUCAUCGCCGCGGGGCCGGAGGUGGUGUCCGGCAAUGGCCUGAAAUACCUCAGGAAGCGCAUGGAGAGCAAAGACGUGAUGGUCUCCCGCGCCGCGGUGGAGGUGCUGAAGGGCCUGGCGCCCCAUAACCCCAUCAUCGCGGGGUCGAUCGGCCAGGUGCUUUGGGAAGAGGCGCAGGACCUGCAGCCGGAGACGAUGCGGCAAAGGUCCUUGGUCCUGGUGGUUCUGGGCGGCGCCCAGGCCAACGCCAAGAAGUUCCUGGAGCACAUGGCGAGGGAGAUGGAGGCGCCGGACUUCAAGGUGCGGCGCGCCGCCAUGGAGGCCUUUGUGGAUCUCAAGGAGCACGCUCUGCCCGCCAGCGCGGAGAUCGCCAAGCGCCUCAUCCACGCGGAGCCCCUGGUGCGGCGCUUGGCGGUGGAGUGCGUGCAGCUCAUGGGGCCUUACGGCGUGAAGCUGCUGCCGCGGGUGAAGGGCUUGCUGGACACGGAGGAGGACCGCGACGUGAUCCACGCUGUGAAGCGGGCGCUGGAGGGCAAGAGCGGCGUUGCCUCGGAGGUGCUGUCCAAGCCACUUGGAACGGAGGCCCCGGCGCGCGAGCAUCGCUGCGCGGCGCUGCUUGGAGAAACGCGGCGGUCGCUGGGAGCGGUCGCCGGGGCGUUGGGAGCGCCAGCCUCAAGUCCCAGCGGCGGCAGCUCGGAUUUCAUGCGGAAGGGGCGGACGGGUUUUGCCGGGGAAAUGGAUGGCUUGCACAGGGUUUACCUGCUCAGAUUCCAGGCCCGCUUCUGGGAGGGGGGCAAACCGGAUCUGAAUCUGACCCGGCGAAACCAGGCCCUCAAGGCCAUCCUUCAGGGCCUAGACAGCCGCGACGAGGCUCGGGACGCGGCUUCCAGGCGGCAAGCCCUGCUGCUGGCGCUGGCGCUGGCGCUGGUCUUGGGGCCGAGGAGCUUCACGUGCCCCCAGCACCAGAUCUUUGCGGAAUGGCUGGAGAAGAAGGCCAUGACCCCACCACCAGAGGAGUGGUUGGCCACGUCGCUGCUGUGGCGUGCACAGCGCUUGGGCCUGCCGUACCCGCUGCACCAGAAGGCGGUGCGCCCGUACCUGCCCAAAGGCCCCAAAGAGGGCUGCCACGAGGAGAUGUACACCGCCUGGCGCGCGGCGGAUUUGUUUGAGAAGAUGGCGAAGCAGGCGGAGAAGUCCAAAACGGUGGACUGGGACAAGGAGGGCGACUACGACAUGCUGCUGAGCCUGUGGAUGGAGAGGCUGCGACAGCAAGAGUGGCCGGAGGACGCCAACUCGGCGCAGAACUUCGCCGUAGAGAUCUACAGCAAACAAAUGGAGGAUCCGGAGGUGUUCCGGGCGAUGGCCGAAGCCGCUCCACUGGACGAACGCCUGCAGGAGGAGAUGGAAUCGGUGAUGAGCUCGGUGGACGAUGCGCGGAAAACGAACCGCAAGAAGUUCCCGGUGGAGACGCUGAAGACGUUUGACUCCCUCUUCGUGGGUCACAGCAACCACCACGUGCAGAACCCCUUCCAACUCUGGGAGGACGUGACGUUGGCCAUCCGCAAGCGCUUCAAAGGCAAGUGCAAGCGGCCGCUCUACAACGAUGUGGGCCUCUUCCAUGAAAAGGACGUGGCCAUGGAUCUGCUGGACGGGUCAAAGACCGCGCCGGAGGGGCACUUCAGCCUCAUCGCGGUGCUGCACGUGGUGCUUGAUGCCACAGGCUUCCAGAGGCUGCAGAAGCUGCUGAAGCCAGGGGGAGUGCUGAUUUGGAACACCUGGUGGCGCGAGCACCCGGGCGAGGUGCCGGACAUGAAGCGCCUGGGUUUCGAGAAGCUGAAGGACGAGGAGCUGCCCCUGAGCUAUGUGACGUCGCCCUGGCAGGAGUCAGGCUUCACGUAUCGCAUCUGCUACGCGCGGCGCGCGGGCAAAGGCGGAGGAUUCUCCAAAUUUGUGGUUAAGUACUCCAUGCAAAAUCCUGCACCCCCCAAAGACGGACGAACCCCUGAUUGGGACUUCGACCUGGUGCCCACCUCUUGGAUUCAGUCCAUCACCCAUCCCUCCGAAAUGGGCGAGCGGAACUCCGUGGCCUGGAAGCUGAGAGCGGCCAGCGCGGCGUCGGACGAGCUGGUGGUCGCCGAGCUGAUCAAGCGACUCAGCUCUGAGCAUCCCCCGGUGCGCCGAAGCGCGGCGCGCACCCUGCGGGAGGUGGUUCCAAGAGGCCCAGAAGUGGUGGCGCUACUCUUGGCGAAGAUCGGCUCGCCAAGCGCUGAGGGCCGUGUGGAGGUGCUCGGUGCGCUGGAGCACUUCGCGUCCGGCGAGCAGUGCGAGCGGUGCCUCACUGCGCUUCUGGCGCGCCUCGAGGAUUCCGAGGCUCGUGUGCGCGCGGCGGCACUCCGAGCUUUGUCCAGCCUGUCAGGAAGAGAUGACGCGGAGAUCCUCACACAGGUGCUGCGGCGCCUCGAGGACGCGGACCGCGCCGUGCAUGUGGCCCUGGCCCAGGCCUUGCCCAAGUUGGCGAGUCGAGGCAACCGCCAGGUGAUGGAUUGCUUGGCGCAAAGCUGCCAGAACCAGCGGCCCCCGCCGCAUCGAGAGAGGCUAAAGGAGGCUGCUUGCAUGGCCUUGGCGAAGUUUGCUGCCGCGGACGAGGCAGUGGUCCUGUUGGAGGACUGCCUCUCGCCGGAGUACCCGGACGCCUCGGUGGCGGCCCUGAAAGCGUUGCAGGAGCUGCCGCGCGGGCACCGGGGCGCCUUGGAGCUGGUCGCACGGGCUUUGAGCCAGGAGGCGCAUGUGCAGGAGAUCGCUAUGGAGGUCUUGGAGCGCCUCGCGGACCGCGGGGCGGCGCCGCCGGCGGCGCCGCGCACCGCCUUCGAAGGUGCCUGGUCUGGCGGCGUCAUCAAGGGCGAAAAGAUCUUCUGGCAGCGGGACGACCUCAUCUCGGACCUCGAGGUGAAGGGGAAGUCCAUCAUCCGCACGACGUGCGAGGACCAGCGGGGCCGGAAGCUGAACUGCUGGGGCCGCUUGGGGCCCGGCGUGCUGCGCUGGGACUUCGGGGAGGAGUGGCAGCGCCUGGAGGCGCUGCGAGAGUUUAGGUCCGGCCAAGAUUUGACAUAUUUGUGA